CCAAAAUAAAAAUCCAUAACCCUAACAUUUUUUAUGUUCUCUUCGACUUCUUCCGAUCGCCACCACCACCUCAUGUUUGACCACCAUUUUCUUUUGAUGAUUGCCUUCUUUCUCAUUGUAUUUCUCUGAUUGAGUGAUAUCGUACAACCAUUUAGUUUAUAUGUGUUUUAGAUAAAAGAAAAAUCUGUUUUGUAUUCUGAUAAUUUUUAAUUGUUUGAUGAGGGUACUAAUGAUAGCGGAGAAUGGAAAUUAUAAUGCAGCUAUUCGUGAUCGUUGAGGAGUCAUUAUUUGAGAAUACUUCUUGCAGCAAUCCUCUGGAGAGGAUAUCCAAAGGAAGGGCUAGACCUGUGGGGUUGUUCUGUUUCUGUACGGAUUGGUUAGUUUCCAAUUCUCCCAUUUCUAAUAGAGUUGUUCCCACUCUUUCUAUGUUGUCGAGAAGGGGUAUGAUAGUGGUGAAUUUAUGUGGGUUCUGUGAUAAUAAUGAGGAAUCGGUUGAGCAUUUGUUUCUCCAUUGCCCUUUCAUUUGGAAGAUUUGGGAACAUUUUCUUCAACAGCUGGGUUUUGCCUGGAUGCAUCCCACAACCAUUAUUGAUUUCUUAUGGAAGUGGAAAUUGAAGAUUUCGACCAAACCCCUUGUGUUCUUGCGAUAUUGUCUUCCGUUUGCUUUGUGGUGGGUGGUGUGGUUGGAAAGAAAUGACAUUCAAAUAGCGAAGAAGCAAGGGAGGAAAACCUUAAACUCUCUCAUUAUAGAUAUAAAGUUGUUGUUGCUUAGUUGGUCUGUUAAUGUUGAUUCAUUCAAAAACAUGAAGUUAGAUGACUUCGUUUUUGAUUGGAAAAUCUUGUUUAGAGAAUAGUCAGUUGUAAGUUCUUUUUUUCUCAUGUAUCUUUCGAGGGUGCUGUCUUGGCACUUUCUUUUCUAAUUCCAUCUUAUCUUUUU